GUCUGAUGCUUAAAAAUAUUAUAAAAGAUGCUCCAAGGAUGACAUCAAAAUGGCCUCCAACAGCCAACGAAAUUCGAAACGAAGGUGUCGAAAAGUUUGUUCCAUACCAACUGUUCAACUUGAUUGCUGUGUGCAUUGGUGCAACCGAGGAACCUUCUUUGACAUUUUAUGCUGAUGUUGACGAUGAUACUCGUAAUAAGAUUCUUUCUAUUGGUCAAGACAUUAUCUACCUUGCCUCAAAAGGUAAAAAACAGACCCCCAAGUCUCUUUCACUAGGUUUGACCAUAAGACAUCUCACUGGUUCGUCUCAGCAGGGCGUUUAUAAGAUAGGGCGGCGAAACGCCAGUAAUUCACGUGAAACAUGUAUGAUGCAAAUUAGGACUGGGGCUAGCGGGGAAGGCGCGAAAUUUAAAUCAAAACAAACUAUUGAUGCGAAACUCGAAGACACUUUUUAA